AGUCUUUUGGCGAUAAGGCGUCUUGGCGCCUUCCCUUCUUACGGUUUCCCGGAGACUGUUAGAGGAAAAGCUGCUUCUUCCUGCCUCCCAGGCUGCUCGGCGGUGCCGGUUGCCGGGGAACGCAGGCGCGGUGGGAGGGAAUGGCGGGAGGCUACGGCUUAGGUGCUGGGGCCGGAGUUGAAUCCGUGAAGAAAAGCUCGGCCUCAUCAUGAAACAACGAAAAGGCCAAAGGCCAGGGGGCGGCUAUGGCCGCAGGAAAAGAGGUUUGAGUGACAUUUCUCCAUCUACAAGCCUACCACCUCUGGUUGAAGGCCAGCUACGCUGCUUUCUGAAACUUACUGUUAAUAAAGUCGUAUGGAAGAUUGCAAAGCCUCCCUCUUGUGUACUUGUCCGAGUGAGAUGGUGGGGAGAAACAUCAGAUGGAACUCUCUUUUGUCCCAGGGACACAUUGCAGACUGAACCAAAAGCUGUGAGAACAACUACACGUUAUGCUAUUCGCUGUGGUCCAAAGCAGUUUACCUCUUAUCUAACAGAUAUGGCUGUCCUGGUGCUGGAAGUAAUCACCAAACUUGAUCAUCUUCCAAUUGGUAGAGUUCAGAUAAGUGGAUUAGCCAAGCUUUCUCCAACUCAUCACAUCAGUGGAUUUUUUAGCAUUAUUUCACCAACAUCUAAGAAACUUGGAGAACUCCAGGUCUCACUUGCCCUGGAGCCUCUGUCAGAAACUUAUGACAGCUAUAACCCUCUUCCUACCACUGACAUGACAGAAAAUGUGCUUUUACCUGAGCAGGGAUUUAGAGAAUAUACUGAACCCAGCAAUACCCAGUUUCUGGUUCCAUCAAGGUCUUGUAGGAUACCUACCACCAAAAUUGAUGGAAAAGAUUUAGCAACUAACAGUAGUAGAUCAACCACUCCAAGGGGGAAGGACCACUUGUACUUUGCAGAGAACUCUGAUACAACAAAGGACUCUGUUUUUAGACUACAACACCAUCUUAAUUCAGGACAGAGUUUAGAGUCUAUGACUCUGAAAGACAAAGCCCCACGGAAGCAGAUGUCCCUUCUCAACAGUUCUGAAUUCCAGCCUCAAAUUAGGACAGUUGCCAAGAGUCACAGUGAUUCAUGCAUUCUUUCUUCAAACAAUCCCCCUACCAAGGACCUUCUUUCGGCCCUGUUGGAACAAGGCAAUAAACUACGUAAUGCCAUGGCAGUUUCUGCAAUGAAAUCAAGCCCAGAUACUAGCAUGUUGUUGUUGGAUGAAGUUCAUCCUCCUAUGAAGGAAGAUUUUCUUAAAACAUCAACACAAAUCAAAGCCUUGUCUAAGAAUCAAUUGAAAGACCCCAUUGAAGAUCACCUCCCUCCGAAUGAGAAUACAUUUUGGAAACAUGACACAAAAGCUGAUACCAGAGCCAUACAGCUGCUAUUGGGCAGUGCUGAAUUAUCCCAAGGUAAUUACUGGGAUGGGCUAGGCUCUCCUCCAGAUUCUCCAUCUCCUGGGAGUGAUGUGUAUUGCAGCAGUGAGCCUAAUGACCCUCAGUAUGACCAGAGUCUCCUGGAGAACUUAUUUUACACAGCACCUAAAUCUGAUACCAGCAUUAGUGAUUUCUUCACUGAAGAUGAUGAUAUUGUCCCUCCUAAAAAAAUGAGCCAGUCGAAAGCUCUUGCCAGAUCUUCUAAGGUUCUGGAGUCAAAUGAUCAUAAGUUGAAGAAGAGGGCAGCGGGCAAGAAAAAUAGAAAUUUGGUUGAACAACAGAUGGUCUCAAAAACUCCAGAAGAUGCCCAAGUGAUGACACUGAGUGUAGACAGACUGGCCCUUCUGGGUAGAACACAUUCAGUCAGAAUCAUCAUCGAAACAAUGGGAGUUCCUCCAGAUAGUCCUCAGAUAACCCCUGGCAAAAAAAGCUUUCCUAGAAGACCACCUAAGGUGACAACAACAAAAAAGCGCACCUUCUUUGUGGAAUAUCACUUUCCGGUGGGGUUUUCCAAAAGUGGAUUGGAAAAGACAGCUUUGAUAACUGAGGUCGUUCGACUCGCCUCCAGUAAAAUUAUAGAUGGAGUGGUGAAAUUCCAGCAGAGAUUUGUGUUUCCAGUACAGUUUGGUGGCCCAAUGAUAGAACACUGGUGGAAUUCUAACCUCAUUUUCCAAAUUUACACAAAGAAAACCUCACAGAUAAAGCCAGAAGUCAUUGGAUCUGCAUCACUGCCUUUGAGAGCUGUCAUUCAGUCUGAGCUACUUUCUUUCAGUGACCAGCUUCCAGUGCAACAGGAAAAUGGUCAGACUCCACUUGGCCCCCUCAAGGUAACUAUGGAGCUUGUUAUAGAUAACAAAGAUUUCACUGGUGUCAAGACUAAGUUAAAUAGCAGUACCCAACAUACCCCACUUUGUGCUGUUAAAAGUCCAGAUAAGAAACUACCAGAACCUAGCCAACGUGUUACCUGUACCAAAAAUCCACAGAACCUAAAUCAAGUACAUGAAGAAACUGCAAAGGAAGCACAGAAUUUGGUGUUCCCCAACCCAAAGUCACCAAGUCCUGUUGCACUAUAUUCUUCAGCCUUCAUGGCUGUGCCAGCGUCUCACAAUUUAGUAAAUCGGACAGAUGGGUCAACAAAAGAGAGUGCUUUACUGUUGCAUGUGCUGUUGAUGGUGCCAGAUGGGAAAGAUUUCAUUACUGGAGAAUCUGAAAAACAACUACCAUGCAAUGUUUAUUUUAAUUGCAAACUCUUCAGCACAGAGGAAGUCACCAGAUCUGUCAUCGCAUGGGGCACAACACAACCAGUCUUUAACUUUUCUCAGGUGAUUCCUGUCUCUCUAUCUCCCAAAUACUUGGAAAGGCUUAAGAACAAUGUAAUGGUAAUCGAAACUUGGAACAAGGUGCGGAGCCCAGGACAGGACAAGCUGCUCGGGCUGGUGAAACUCCCCCUCCAUCAGUUUUACAUGUCAUUCAAAGAUCCCAAGAUUUCUCGCCUGCUGCUUGAUGCUCAGUACCCAGUUGUUGCUGUCGACAGCUACAUGCCUGUGAUUGAUGUGUUCUCAGGCCAGCAGAAUGGGAGUCUUCGAGUCUUUUUAGCUAUGGGUUCUUCAGAUCAGAUAAUGGCACUACAAAGAUUAAAGAAUGAAGAAGGAACACUUCCUCCCUUCAGCCCUAGGCCACCCCAUUUUCUGGACCCACCAUCUGUAGCAUCCAUUGCCAUGGCAGAAGACCAAAGAAAUGGAUUAAUGGAGCACCACUUUGAGCUCCAUAUAGACAAGGUUAAAGGACUAACCCCUCUUCAGGCAACAGUAUGGGGAGAAGCAGAUUGUUAUGUCCAGUACUACUUUCCAGUUCAAGACUCACAAUCCAGUGUGCUAAAAGGACCUGAGUUCCUUGAAAAUGGGAUCACUCUGAAGCCUUUCAGAUCUGCAACCACACUGUGUGUUCCAGAUCCCAUCUUUAAUAGUGAGCACCAUCACUCUCUCCUGUUGCCAGCUGAAGUUCCAGUGCAAAGACUCCUACUCAGUGCCUUCUCUGCACAGGCGCUUGUGCCUGGAGGUGGAGUCCACUUUGAAAUCUGGUGCAGAUACUAUUAUCCUAAUGUGAGAGACCAGAUGGUCGCCAAAGGAACCUUGCCAUUAUCAAGGAUCUGUGCCAUGGUAACCAUGCGACGCUGUGAAGAUGUGAGAAUACAGACCUUUAAUCUCCCUUUAACCCCUAGGCUUGAGAAUAGGAAAGAACUAAGGAACCAGCCAUCAGGUUUACUGGAUGUGGGCCUAAGAUACAGGUGUAUUCCAAGGACAGCAGAGGGAGUUCUUGCUGCCCGAGCUGUCUCCAUCUCAGUCCAGAUUAUCAGAGCAUGUGGUCUGCAAGCAGCAGCCAAGGCUUUGGCUGAGCAGGAACCCUCUCUACAGUUUAGUGCCACAGUUGGGGUCAAUGCCUUUGUCACCAUUCAUCUCUCCUUCCUGCCCAAGGGAGAACAGCGCCAAACUCGCCCUGUGGCCUGUACCUUCUGCCCUGAGUUUUCCCAUCAUACUGAAUUCUCAUGUAACUUAGUAACUCAGCACUGCAGUGGGGAGGCCUGUUUCCUGGCAGAGCUGUUGGAGUUUGCAGAGGUCACUUUUGCUAUUUAUCAUGAAGAUACCAAGUCAGCCAGUGAUAUAACCUGUAUCCAGUCAUUCAAAGAUUAUCUGCUUGGAGUAGUAAAGGUUCCAACAAAAGAGCUGCUAGUCAAGAGAUCCGGGAUCACAGGUUGGUAUCCUAUCAUUUUACCAGAAGAUGGUGCCGUGCCUCAUGGCUUGGAGCUCAUGCAGAAGAUUGUGGGUGGUCUGGAGCUUUCAGUUUCCUUCACUCACCCUGGAGACAGAGAGCGAGUAUUGGAAGCUGCUGAGUUAUUGGGCUGGAGCUUUGAGAAUAACCUGAAGGAUAUUGUCAAGAUGGAUGAAGAGGAGCCAGCCAAGCCAGCCACUGUCACCAUUUCCACACCAAGGCUCUGGCUGCCUAUCCAUUGUGUGCUGCUUGCCGGCCAGAAGCACAUUCAUAAGAACACAUAUUGCUACCUCCGCUACAAGCUAUAUGAUCAUGAAGGCUUUUGGACCCCUCUCAAGAAGCCUAAGGAAUCUACAAACAAAAAGCAGGUCAUGGUUACUUUUAAGGCAUCCAAAAGAGCAGAAGUCACUAGGGGUCCAUCCCUGCUUUGGUACUUCAGGGAGGAGAGAUUAGAGAUCCAAGUGUGGCGGGCUUAUGGCAAUGACAGUGUGGAGAGGCCCCACCAAACAGACAGUUGGAUUGGCUCUGCCUAUGUGGACCUAGCCAGACUUGGGGAGAGGACAGCAAGGACACUAACUGUCAGUGGUGUGUAUCCUCUAUUUGGACGAAAUGCUUCCAACCUCUCAGGAGCUGCCUUGAGAGUUCAUGUGGUUCUUUCCUCUCUUUCCCCACAUCUUGAGCCCACUCAUGAGCUGGACUCCAUGGACUGCAGCAGCCACAGUGAGUCUGAGCAACACCCCAGAAGAAAUGAUGAGAUCCAGCUCUCUUUACCACCUGGCCACCAGAAGUCUCCUGCCUCCACCCAGGUCCCCUGCAACAGCACCACGGCUGAAGUCUCUCUGGCCCAGGAGGGCCCUACUGAGUUGGAUGGAACUUUUGCUGUCAGUAUCUUAGUAGAAAGGGCAAUGCACUUGAGCUUGAAAGGGAGCCCCUUGACAGAGCGGAAAGUAUCGAUACCCAGUUGUUGCGUAUCUUUUACAACAGCUGAUGAGCCAUCUCCUGUCUACACCCAAGUGGUUGAAAACACAGAUUCUCCCAUCUGGAAUUUUCAACAGCAAUCAAGGCUAUCAAAAGAGCUUCUUUUGGACCCACAACAAACUCUGGUCUUCAAAGUUUGGCACAAAGGAGAUGAGGAGAGGGUGAUUGGCUUUGCCUCGGUGGACCUCUCCCCGCUUCUCUCUGGUUUCCAGUUUGUCUGUGGCUGGUACAACAUCACAGACUUCAGUGGAGAGUGCCAGGGGCAAAUAAAAGUUGCUGUCUCCCCUUUGGAGAGUUUGAUGCACUUCAAAGAAGAAAGGCAAGCAAGACGUGUUGUGGAGACCCAAGGAUCACUGAUCCCAAAAUACAGUCCCUUUUCCUUCCCUAUCUCUGAUAUGUAUGCUGCAUUCCCCAGCUGCAUUGCAAGACAGACCCCAGAACAACUUGCUCACACAUCAUCAAAGGAGCUUGAUUUCUCCUCUCCUGGGAGAAGCAGUACCGCAAGAAACCAGGCAUCACGCCAUGAAGAGCACGUGCAGAACAUCCGCCGAUUUCAUGAAUCCCUGCAACAGGGAGAGGCAAUCUUGCCAAGUAGAGACAAACUGACCACAUCGCCGUUGUCCUCCCAUCCUUCCAUUUUGACUUCUCUCAGGAGGAAUCUGAGUGAGCUAGACCAGAUCCAACGGUACUUCAGCCAGAAGCUCAUCAAGCCUGUUCUUCCCCUCAGUCCUCAGACUCAGACCAUCUUGGAGUGCCAGCAAAACCAUAGGGACUGUCAUGGGCCAGGAGCUAGCAGCCUAGACCCUGAGAGCCAGUGCAUCCUGGAGAAAUCCAAUAACCUGGUGUUGCAAGUCAGCUCCUUAAUCACGGAUCUGCAGACUAUCACCAGGAAUUCUCAAGCAUCUUUGAGUUCUCACCGAGCCAGGAGUCGAAGCAGAGAAGUUACCACUCUCCCAAAUGCUCAGGACACAGAAGCCACACAAGUACAAAGUACAACUCCAGACCUGUCAAGAGUUUUAGAUGAAGGCACAGACUCCCCACCUCCCCCUACUCUUGAAGCUACUUCGAGUGGAAGAGGAAUGUUCCAUGAGUCUCUGGGAAACACAGUACCCAUUACAAGGAUGCAGAGCAGUGAGGACACUGAGGCAGGCCCAGCCUACAGUGAUGAAGACUAUGAAGAAGACAUCAUUGAACCCAGGACACUCAAUGAGAUCACCACUGUAACAGACAAAACUAGCCCUUGGUCCAGUUUCAUGUCGGACACAAGUGAGAUCAUCAGCCUUCAGCCUGAUGAGAUGCAGAGGGUAGGCCCCUCUUGUCCUUCUCCAGAGCCUUGCCCCAGAGAGGAGCUCAAGGGCAGAAAUAGCUUUCUGUCCAGCCCAGAAAGAGCUGCCAACUCCCACCUGCCUAGGCAGGGUUCUGCUAGCCAAAGUCUUGUUUCUUAUGAAGGUGAGGGCUCUAAGGCCAGGGUUGGAGAGCUUGCUUCAGCAGACCUUCAGCUAACCCCUCACGUGACACUUUCAGGAGCCCAACAGAGCAAUACCUGCUCAUCAAGAGCAGAUCAGGACCAGGAGCCCAAGCCAACAGCCCAGGCUGAGAAUGCAGCCGCCUCCAGUGAACUAAGUGACUCUGCUGAUAGCUUCGAAAAAUUCCCUCUACACCUAGCCUCCCGGAACAAAAGGGAAAACCAUAAGAGACCACCCAUCAACUGCCCUGAUAUCAGGCAGAAGCAGGCAACAUCUAGAUCAGAGGUUUCCACAAAGCAGAGCCUCCUUCCAGAGCCCAUCGUGGUGCCCAACUUCUUUUUGCCUCCCCAGCAGUUGGAGGCCUCCCUGCGGAUGCUCUCACUCUCUACAGCUUUGCCACCACCGGCCACAACAGAUCAGGCAUAGUCAACAGCUUGACAUGAACGGUAGGGAGAGGAGAGCAGAAGCCCUGUCCUGUAUCCCCAUUUGAAGACUCCAUCUGUUCUGCCUCCUCCUGCUAAGGCUAGCCUUGGCCCUGAAGGCUGAAGAGGAGCAAUUUGAGAGGCUGCUGGGUUCUUCUCAGCCGGUGUCCUGAGACUGUUAUACUGCAGCUGACCUUCAGGACCAGGGCAAGUGACCCAUCCCUGAAAAAGAGAGCCUGUAAGUGCUGGCUCAGUUGCUCUGGCUUCAUCACAAGAUCUAAGGGAAGGCCUAAUCCUUCACUCCAGGAAUCUCCCAGACAGUCUCCACUUCAAGCUGCUGAUUCCGUUUGCUUAGUAACUAUGAGCAAACUAGUUUUACCAACUUCCCAGAAGCAGAGGAAAGAAGUAAAAGAUGAGACACCAGUAAUUUACAUGUUGUUUUCCCCAGACUUAUGUCUUCUGCUCUUGUUGAUGUUUCUUUAGGAAAAAUCUCAACUACUCCAAUUACUUCAGUUAUUAUUUAUAGUUCUGUGACUCUCGAAUCCUUAUCUUCAGUCUAAACUUAUCUCCCAUGCUGCAAACACACAUGGAUCCAGCUGUAUCCUGAAUGUCUUUUCUUUGAUGUUACAAAUAAUUCACUAUGUCUAAAACUUGAGCCUGUCAUCUUCCUUUGCAUGCCCCAUCUACUGCCUGCACUUCUUAUCUCAGUAAACUUAACUACUAUCUUGUAGUUAGUCCUGCCAGAAGCAGAGGUAUCAUCUUUCACUCCUCCUACUCCUUUAAUCCCCCACAACUCCGAGCCAAUCUGUUGUCAAGGCCUGUUAAUUUUAACCUCUAAAUAUCUUUUGAAUCCACUCACUUCUCAUCAUACCAUUAUCUAGUUCCAGUCAUCUAACUCAUGAUCGUUUCUAAUUAGUCUCACUCAUCCACACUUUCCCACUGCUAUCAAUUCUCCAUGCUAUAGUCAAUGUGAUCUCCCACUGUAAUUAGACCUUUACCCCACUUUACCACUGGAGUAGGGAGGAACUCUUCAAGGUUGCCAAAAUCCAAAAAACAUCCAUGUUCUUAAGCCAGUUAUCAAAUAUGAGUGCCCAAUUUAUUUGAUCUCUUAGCAGCAUGUGAUAUAGUUGAUCUCUCUCCUUUAAACACUUUCUUC